CAUUUGCUCAACGUGAGGCAGAGUGUGGAAUACCACCUAACAAAAGAGCAAGGCGAAAACUCAUGGCGUCUCCUCUGACCGUCCAAAGUCCUCAGCGUUCCAGCCAAUCAAGUUCUAACCACAUGGUGGAUUCUCUCAGCAAAGCCUUCCACCCCAUUAUGUAUACACCCGAGCUCUGCAAGAAGCCAGUGGACCCUCUCUGUACAGAAACUGUGAUUAAACAAGCACUGCAUACGACAACCCUUGAAGAAAUGAAGAGUCACAUGAUACAAAUUCAGGAACCAUUAAAGCAGAGCAGCCCCAAAGAUGUUACAUAUAACGUCACCCCGGAGUGCCACAUGAGCUCAACUGUUCUUCUUUUUAAAAAUAACAUAGACAGUAUAAACUAUCCUUUUGAUGCAUGCAGAAGCAAGUCAGAGGCAGCCAACAGCAGAAGUGUUUUACAAAGACUUGGCCUUCCUUCGUUGUUAAAUAGGCAGCCGGGGCCCAUACAUGCAAAGCCGUCUUAUAUGGCAAUGACAUCUGCUGCUGCAAGAAAAAGGAAGUUGUUAAGUUCUGUAUCUAGCAGCGGAUUAACAAACCAGCAAGAUCAUGUGACUGCCAAACGCAUAAGACAAGAUGCUGUAUUAAGUAAUAAACCACAAAGAGUACCUACAACGUCCGGAAUCAGAACAAGAACCUGGAAGCGUAAUGAUGGGCUAAGAAAACACCUCAAAAGUAAUUUGAAGGAAAAUGCAUCAAUAAACACAAAACUGGGCCCAUUAGAAAAAGCAUGAAUAGUAGCUCUAAAGGGAAAAUAAACCUUACUUUGUAUGGAUUUGAUUUAUUAACAGAAAGAGAGAAAUGAACAAUUCCUCUCCUCUCUGCCCCUUUCUCCUUCAUCUGUGGUGACUUUUCACUUAGCAUUUAGGAAAAAAAAUCCAUCUUAAUUUACAAAUAUCUUUAAUGCCCAUAUCUGGUGUGGCAUUUAUCAUUCAUGCAUUCUUAAUAUGUAAUGGAACCUUCACCAGACUUAAGGAUUGCUUUGGCAAUACUGUUCAGUAUCUAGAGGAGUCUGAAUAGAAUUUUGUAUCAUUUUGUCUCAACUUGCUGAGUAAGUUACAGGAUGUGUUUGCUUUUGCAAUCCAUGCCAGUGAAUGUUUCCCAAACUGAAAGGCUUCCAUAUGUGCUAGGCUAUCAUUCCCCACAUUCAAUUUUGUCUUGGAUUAUGGGAGUUGUAGUCCAAGACACCUAGAGGUCAAACCAUUGGAGAAGGCUGUCUGAGAAGUCUCCUUCACAUGUAGAUCUGUGUGUUGCAUUCAGAUUGGAUUGUGACUAUUGAUUCUCAUGCCUUUAGAUGCUUUUUACCAAAACUUCUGGGCUUAUCAAUAUUUUUUUUCCCAACUUAAAAAAAAAUCACCAAAUAUCUAUUCCAAUUUAUACAUUAACAUCUUGAUGCAUAAAGAGGUCAUGAAUCUUUCCCCCCCCCUUUUUUUUUAACAGUCUGCUGAGAAUGUCCAGGAUAAGUUCCAGGAAGUAUUUUUUAAAAAGAAUUUUUUAGCUAAUGUUUAGUUUCAAAUUUUUUACUUAACUUCCACACCCACUGAAAUGUUAAAAUAUGUCUUUGUAUAUUUAGUUUUUCUACAGUAUCUAGUGUUGUAUG